AUGCAAAUCGACCAAUAAUUUAACCCUUUUGAAUACUCUAGAUUAAAUCAGCAAUAAUAGUAAUAGAUUUAUCAAAAUAAAUAACAGUAAGCCAAAAACUCAGAAGAUUAAAAUCCGUUUUUUUCUAUUAGCAAAGACGGAUAAUCUACAAGCAAUAACAUGCAAUUUAAUGCAACGUUUAAUUUUAAUCAAAAUCUAUAACUUCAGUAAAACGGCAGAAAACUUUCUAGAGAAGGAGGAACAAAGCUCCCUUCUAUUUCUUCAAAUUAAAAUUAAUAGCUAAACUUGUUGCAGUAAUAAUCACAGCAGCAAUCCACUACAAAUUCUGCUUAUUAGUCUUCAAUCAAGCAGUUCCAAAACGCUAAUCCUAAAAGUAUGGUAAAGUACGCUUAAAUUAGUUUAGCUAACAACGAUCCUACUGUAAGAUAUAUUAAUGAACAGGGUUUUAAUUCUUCUCUUAAAAAUCGUAAAAUUUAACGUACAUAAAUUCAAUCUGUAACAAAUGGAGUUGCUGCUGGAACAAUAAGCAAAGCAGCAGCAUACUAGAAUCAGGUUGUUAACUAAAAUAGCUAAACAAACCAUGAACUGUAUCCACUUUAAAAUAAUAGCAACUCAACAUAAGAAACAACCCCAGAAAUGAGUAUAAAAAGUACAAACUACAAUAGUCCAGUUGGGCAAAAAGUUAUAGGCUUAAACAUGAACUAGAUGUAGAUGUUAAGCCCAUCUAUGUAGCAAUAGCAUGAAGAAAAUAUGAAUAACAAUUAAUAUUUCAGUAUUGUUUAAUCUGUUCCCGUUUCUUAAAUGUCUCAAUAAUAAAAUUAAUAGUCAAACAUGAUUAAUUCAGUAAGCAGCAGGGUGGGCAUGAGGACAAACAGUCCUAAAACACUAAAUCCUAUUUAGCUAGCUCAAGCAGCUGAAGUAUAUUAUUCUAAGAAUUUAGCAGCUAUGUAAAGCAAUAUCUAAUAAUCUCAAAGAGAAGCACAAAGGAUUUCACCUUAAUACAACUCUGAGAUAAAAGUUAAUUAAAAAUCAGACACAUCUUAAGUAAAUUAUCAAAAUAAAGCUCAAAAUAAAUAUGAUUUCAAUGAAGAUUAAAAACCAGAGUUAAAAGAAAUAAAUAAUUUUGCUAGCGCACCUCAUUCACAUUAGCAAUCCUUAGAUGUAAACGAAAGAUAAAAAACUGAUACAAUAGUUAACUCAACUCUGCAAAAGUAAAAAAUGUUUUUACCACCACCUGACUAGUAGAUUCCUAAGCAAUAAAUAAAUUUAAAGACAUAUUUUGAAUAGUAAAACAUGUUCAAUCAAAAUUUAAACAAUCCUAGUUAGAAUUUAACUAACUAAAACUUGUAACCUUAUGAAUCUCUAAUGAGAAAGCACUAAUCUCUAGGUUAGAUGACUAUCUCGAAGAGGAUUCAGCUUGAUCCUAUAAAAAUUUCAGAUCCAAUCAAUCAGUAAACUCUAACAACAAAUGGAACUGCCUCAACUAAAAAAUUCUUAACUAGAAAACCCUAAACAAAAAUAUUAAACAGAGUUUUCUCUAGCAAGGCAGAUGUAAAACCUAAUAAAAAUGUAAUUAACAAAAAUAUCCCAUAAACAGCUAACUCUCAGCAAACAACAAAUUCUCCUUUAUUUAACGAAGACCAUCUUAAUUAUUUACCUGAAUACAACCUUAACACAGAACCUCCUUAAUUUCAAGCAAAUGGUCCAACAACUAACGAAUUCAAAAAGAUAACUGCUAAUUUUUUCUCCCAGCCUGAGAAAGAUAUUCUAAAUGAAGAAAUAGAACGCAAGCAGUAAGAAAAAAUUUUGUAUGAAUCUAAUAUUUAUAGUAACCUAGAUUCAAAAAGAAAUUAUAAUAAGUAAAUAGGAGAAUUGGAUUCACUUUAAAGUACUCUUAGUAGGGGAGCCAAAGUAAUAUAAAACCACCAAAGAUUACUCUAAAAGCCUGCUAUGGAAAUAAUAAAUAAUAGACAAUAAAUACCUUUUUAACAAGGUGAACAGUAUAAUUAAUAGCAACAAUUUCUAAACUUUAAAAACUCUCGAUAAAAUUUCAAGCCUCAAGUACAACAAAUUUCUUUUUAAUGA